ACAGGGGGGCAGGGGGCCCCAGGAGACGUUGGAGACCCAGGAUCCAUGGGUGGCUUUGGUUCCAGAGGACCUGAGGGCCCACCAGGAAAACCAGGACCAGAUGGAGAAUCUGGCCCAACCGGAAUAGAUGGAGAUAAAGGAGCCGCUGGAUCUGCCGGUGCCAGAGGUUUCCCAGGACUGCCAGGUCUCCCUGGACUGAAAGGCCUUAAGGGUCAUACAGGUCUUCUAGGAGCGAGAGGUCAAUCUGGUGCUGCUGGGUCAAAGGGCCCAUCAGGUACUCCUGGUGGAAUGGGGCCCCCUGGUCCUGCGGGUCCAGCAGGAAUGCAAGGGGAGAGAGGAAGGAGUGGCACAACUGGACCUGUGGGGAAACGUGGUGAAUCUGGACAUAUUGGGAAAGCAGGACCACAGGGUCCUAUGGGGAUCACUGGAGCUCUAGGAUUCCCAGGUAGUCCAGGUAUAAAGGGGCAACCAGGGCCCCAAGGAGCACGAGGAACAGGGGGCCAGCAAGGACCAAGAGGGGAGGCCGGACGCGUGGGAUUGGCUGGAGCUACGGGAAUUCAGGGUCCAACAGGAACAGAGGGUGCUGCCGGAGCCAAAGGACCAUCCGGAGCUCCAGGUAUCCAGGGUCUGACUGGACUGCUUGGCCCCGCGGGGCCCCCCGGACCACAGGGAACCACUGGACUGCCCGGGCCUAAGGGCCAACUGGAGAGGCUGGAUUCAAAGGAGAAUCUGUAA